AUGACAUCCAUCACUGCAGGGCACAGCGGGCGCAGAUACGCCCUGGCCCGAGAGGGGGUGGAGGGGAGGGAGGGGGCGUCGCGGCGGGGUCGAUGCGGCGUCGGGGCGCAGGCUCGGGGAGCGACGCGCGCCCAAUCAGACGGCCGCACGCCAGAGCACAGCCGGGGCCUGCGACGCGCGGACACACAGCGACUCCACGAGCAGCCGUCACAAGCCGUCACAGGUGUGCCAACCCUCGAGAUGGCGUGCAACGUGCUGAGGCUGGCGAUCACCCUGCUGCUCCUGGCGGACGUGAGGAGAAGCUUCGUGGACCCGGCGCCGCUAGAUGGCAGCAGUCAAGGAUCCGCCGCGGGGCGCGCGGGAGGCGGGGCCCUGCCGUCCUUCGACGAGGUGAAGCAGCUAGAGGAUUUGAAGAAUUCGUUCGGUAAAACCUUCUCGGUGCUGAAGUCACACUCGUCCGUGUACUCGGAGGUGAACGGGCAACGGUCUGGACAUGCCGAGACCAAGGAAGAAGUGAACCGGGACGGCUCGCUGGUGGCCAGGGUCGACCAGAAAAUGGAGCUGGCUCAAGAGCCCGGUGCCACGCCCUCCAGCAAGGUGCGCACCGAGGUGGACAUCCCUGCACGCGGCGUGCACAAGACGCUGGUCGAGGACUCGAGCCAGGGCCGGCGCGGCGCCGAUGGAUCCCAGGUCACCGAGAACGGCGAGCGGCGGUCCGCCCCAGCUGCAGACAUGCCGAACAUGUUGGAGAAGUAUGGCGCAUUCUCCGGGGUGCAGUACUCGCCGCAGGACAUGGCAGAGUACGUGUUCUGGACCGGCGACGAGAAGGGCGUGACCCUGGCCAUCGAGGAGUUCUUGCAAGAGGGGCUGAUGUCGCGCGAGGAGGCGGUCGCCUUCCUGCAGGAGAUCAAGGUCAGCCUGGAGUACCUGCAGGCGCACUACGCCAAGCAGCAGCUGCGGCAGCAGCAGCAGCAGCAGCAGCAGCAGGGCAAGGAGCGGGUCGGCGCCGUGCAGAAGGCCCUGCGGCCGGACAAGUCCGUGCGCGCGGCGGACAGCAAGCCGGACUCGGCGGACUCCACGGACCCGGCGACCAAGAAGGCCUCCGACCUGCCGGCCACUGCUGCCAACAGAGACGCGGGCGGCCGCGGACUGUCUGACGAGGACUACGAGGAGCUGCUGGAGCGACUGAGGGUCGCCGACUUCCUGUACACCGAGUACUCGCUGGAGGAGGUCAUCUACCAGCUGGCCAAGGUCAUGUUCUCGCAGUCGCUCACCAGAGGGAGUGCCGAGGCCCAGGAAGCGCUCCAGAAGUUCACGAGCUUCCUGGAGGCCGAGGCAGAGCAAGGACACAUCUCGCGCAGCCUGGAGAAGAAGGUGUUGGACGUGCUGAUAGCCUCGCUGAUGGACACGCUGACCGAGAGACCGCAGCAGUCGCCCGGCAGCCACCUGCUACACCAGCUGCUGCUGCUGAGCCCAGGCGCGGCCAGCGGGGAGGCGGCGCCCGCCGGCUCAGACAUCGCCCGCCUCGGCGACAAGAGCCACCAGUCCACGCUGGCCAAGGGGCGGGGCCCUGCCGACCACGACCAAUCCCCUGCCAAGGCCACAUAAUCUCCCCUCCCCCCUUCCAGCCCGUGCUCCGCUGCUGCAGCCGGUCACACGACAGUCACACACGCUCUAAAGCGCUACCAGUCCUGGGUCCAAGAGUCACACACGCUCUAAAGCGCGACGUGUCCUAGAUCCAAGAGUCACACACGCUCUAAAGCGCGACGUGUCCUGGGUCCAAGUGUCACACACGCUCUAAAGCGCGACGUGUCCCGUGUCCAAGAGUCACACACGCUCUAAAGCGCGACGUGUCCCGGGUCCAAGAGUCACACACGCUCUAAAGCGCGACGUGUCCCGGGUCCAGGAGUCACACACGCUCUAAAGCGUGACGUGUCCUGGGUCCAAGAGUCACACACGCUCUAAAGCGCGACGUGUCCCGGGUCCAAGAGUCACACACGCUCUAAAGCGCGACGUGUCCCGGGUCCAGGAGUCACACACGCUCUAAAGCGUGACGUGUCCUAGGUCCAAGAGUCACACACGCUCUUAAUUCCGAUAUAUCCCCACAUUGGAUUUAUUUUUACUCCUCCAUAAAUUCAUCCAUAUUUGUAAUUAAAACUCAAAGCUCUAUAUGGGUUACAGUUGAAGUUGGAUAUUGAUAUUAAAGUUACAGACGAGACAAAAAUUACCACCAGCUAGCUAAAGAAGAUGCAUAUAUAUUUUUCCCCUUGUGCCUGGGCCAGUUUUUAUAUUUUUUAAAUUAUAAAUUUAAUACAUGGAGAUCUUCUCUAAAUGGUUUUCUAUUGGAUGCCACUAAUCAGGGAACUAUGGAAAGCUCAAUUCAUCAAUUGCAAAUCAUUAAUAAAAAAAAUUUGAUUAAAUAAAAUCCUAAAUAAUAAAAUCAAUAAUUUUAAUUUAGUCAAUAGUAUCCUCUAAAAUCGUCAGUUCUGAGAAGUCAGUAAGCUUGAUUUGUACCUACCGAAGACUCGAUUUUUAUUUACAUUUUAAUGUUUUUGGGGUAUAAACUUAGCACAGUAUAGAUAUUACAAGUUAAAUUUUAUCAGUAGAUUUUGGGACUAGAAAAUAAAUUAUAUAUUAUUAUAGUACAUUACGCAUUAAUUAAGGUAUUCCAUAGCAUUAAAUAAUAAAAUCAUCAUCGAGGAGAAGAAUAAGUAUUAAUUAUAUAACAAUAUUUUACGGUUAAUAUUUAUGUAUUCACACCCAUGCUUGGCGUGGACCAUGUAUUGCUGCUUACACGCAACUUUUGUUUUGAUAGUGUAGCUGUGUGGCGAAUAUUAUUUACUCGGGAGCGAAAGUUGUAUAAGAAGCUACUUAAUGCCCAGAGAAUACAAAUCUGCUUCAUGUCAUCUCACUGACACCGCCUGAACUUUAAGCACACUUUUAAAGAGACACUGAUCACUCUCUGCAGCUCUUGUUCACUGGAUUAUAAUAUCAUAUAAAUACAUAUAUUAUAAAUUUUUAUCACCAGCCAAAAGAACCUUUACAGUUCUCCUUUUCAUCAAUGACUGUAGUGUGACUGAGCAGCAGCAGUAGUACUACACAAACAAAACCUUACCUUCAAAAACAGGAAAAAUUUAUCUGAAUUUCAUAGUGUAUCAAAUAUAUGCAUAUAUUUUUUCUGAUCUUAAGAAAAUAUCAUUAUUUUAUAUUUUCUUUUUUGCGAAUAUGCAAUGUACUAUAUACUAUGUGAGUAAUGGUGUUAUUCUGUAAUAUAGUUGAGGAAAUGUGUGCAUAAUUGUUCAUGUUAGAUAAUAGUUUGAUAUUAAGAAUGUCAAGAUGUAUAUAUAAAUAUUAUGUACAAGCAUACUUACUCUUUCAGGUGUAAUUCAAAACAUAACACUAUGUAAGGAUUAUUCUUCCAAUAAAUUUAUAAAUUUGUAAAAUCAAAACUUAAUUAAAUACGUCUCGUGAUAAGAAAGAGAAUGCAACUUAGAGGUAUGUUUUGACUUAUAUUUGUAAUAUAACUAACGGAUUUCUCGUAUUUAUAUUUAAACUUCUCACAUUCAUAUCCAGAUAUGAAUUGUUCUCAAAUUCUUUGAACUUAAAAAUCUCAACUACAUACCUGGAAAAAGUAGUAAUUAGCAACUUGGUCAAGGUGUAAUUAGGUAGGUCCCAGUAAUUGAAAAAUUAUUGUUUGUUUGAGACCUGAAAAAAAUAAAUUGUGGUAUUGUUCCACAUGUUUGUCUUAGCCUGUACUCUUAAAUACACUGCGCACUUCUUUAAUCAUACUUGGACAUGCCAUAGCGAGCAGGGGGUGACUCGCGAUGUUUUUCACACGACUGUAGGGCCCAAAGAAUGGACCAUGGAAUUAAAUCCAUGUGACUUUCUUUGUUAACACGUAAUGGACCAUGUCCCUCUUGUUUAGACUCGAGCAGAAGUAUUACUCGUCUCUCUGGAUUUCCUGUGAAUCUCGUGGCAUCCAUACUGUACGCCUACAGCUAUUCCAUAGCAGUCGUGAUUUCCUUUAAACAUAAUUUCAGCAUUAUUUUAAAAUUGUAUUCCUAUUUUACCAACUUGUGAAUUAAUAUUUGACUAAUUGCACCCCAUACUGAUUAAAUGAUUCUAACAUUGCAUUCAACACAAAAUAUUUGCAUUCUCAAAUAAAAACUUUCCCUUUUUUCAUGCAGGAGAACAAAUUGUAAUUGUAUACAUAUCUUCUUACAAAGUUUCAACUCUGAAAAUAUAUAUCAUCUAUGUCUAUUACAUUUUCAGAUGACUGAUGGGUACAAUUUU